AUGCCGCAUAAAUCUUUCCACAUCCCGCUGCGGACCUCCAGCAUGAAACCAAACUCUAGCGAUGGCAGCAAUCGGAAGGAGCACAAGUCUCGGUCCAUCCCCAAGGCCCAGCGAAUACUCGGAACAACCGGCAUCGCCGUCGACAAGGAUUACCAUAAGCGCCCUGAUCAAAAGACAAGCCGGAGCGCGAAUUAUCUGAAUGCACCGGAAGCACAGCAGAACCCCGACGCAGACGAAGACGGACGACAACCACCGAAUCUUCGUGUGCGCGCGUCGUCGCCGCUGUUAGGCCAAGAUUAUCGUGGCGCUCGCAGUCCGAAACCAUCUCUGGCUCAGCUGUCAAGGAAGCUACAUCUAUCUCCCUCCUCCUCCGGGCUGUAUUCUCGGUAUAGUUCGAAGGACGCACCGGCUGAGCCAAGCACAGAUCCUGGCCAGGACCAUGGCGAGAACAUGGAGGACCAGGAAAUCUCAGAUAACGGAUUGAACCCAGCGUUCAAACAACCAAAGGGGCCAAUGAAGGACUCGAAACGGAAGGCACGACCCCCAAGGAUCGACCUCUCUUUGCUGUUCCCCAAACCACAAAACAACUCUACACCUCUUCUAUCUCCGCAGCGCAUGGUGUCCUCACCAUCUGCUCUUUCUAUGACCUCGGAAUAUUCUACGUUAAAGCCACACAACUCGGAGAGCCGCCUUGGAAAGAAAUUCACCAAGUCGCCACGACCCAGGGCAUCAAGCCGCCCAGAGGAGACCCAGCAGACGCUCAACAGCGUUUUAAAUUCAUCGCUCUUACAGGACACGCCCCCCGUGUGGAGCAAUCCUUCGUUGGAGAAGACGGUGAGAACUAGUGAGAUGGACUGGGCGCUGCAAAAGGAUCUUGAUGCCCAACCAACUCCACGGUCCACGGAACGCGCCCUAUACAGCCAAAUGAACUUCAGUCUGCGCGCUAGGCCCCAGACCCAACACAGCGACUCGAGGUCAUAUCUAUCGGCGGGCGAAUCGGCACAUUCGUCCCAAAGAACUCUCCGGAAGGCCACAUCGGCCAGGUCUCUAAAUAAGGGUCCUUCCGUGUCUAAAAAGAGCAGUAAAAACACACUGAAGAACACCGAUUUGAAUAAAUCUAGCGUGCUUUGUCUUUCCUCCUCCGAAGACGAAGAUGAUGAGCCGCAGCCUUUGUUGAAGCCUCCAUUCAGACCAAGCAGAAACAAGAGGGACAGCGUCAGCACGUACGGGGGAUAUGACGCCGAAAUCUGUACCGCUGCUGCCGCGCAAGCAACUAGAGGGACACUACGAAGUGUAGAACGUCCUUCAUCGAGUCAGACUCAAAGUUCUCGAUCAAGUUCAAAAUACCUUCAACCCCAGCAAGACUCCAAUGCUUCGAUACCGCGAAAGUCCUCGUUGACAGCCGGAGGUGAUCAAUCACGCCGUUCGAGUGGUGUUCCCGCCAUCCUCGAGCCCGGCUUCCUUCACGGUGAUCCUAUUUUUGAGGACAAGAGCCACGUUCGGACAAGAACUCCAACUAUGUCUCAGCGAGAGAUGAACAGGAGGAGCCGCGUGAUGACUGUGACGAGACAGGAAGAGCGCCUGCUUGAAGUGAUGAGACUGCGACACGGCAAGAUGACCCCGAGCAUCUUCAACGAACAUGUUGAACCCGAUCGCCGCUCGGUGGUAUCAGGCCUCUCAGUUCCUUCUCGGGAUUCAUUCUACUGCUCAGAUACCUCGUUCCUACGCCUUAGCCCUGGUAUCCCUCCUUCGGUACCAGCACCGCCGCUUCCGCCAUCGUAUUAUCAAAACAAGGCUGCUUCUACUCAGCAAGGCACAGGGUCUGAUACUGAAGAUAAGACUACAACUUCAGUCCCUUCGCCGCAAGCGAGUGUCUCUUCAAAAAGCCUCCCGUCUCCUGCCACCAGUGCCACAUCUCCUCUCACCCCAACUCUACCUAUUCACCGCUUUUCGCCCUUGCCGUCCCAAAAGCCUCCACCCCAACGACCCCCACCUCCCGUCCCUGAAGUUCAGAGAAACCACUCAAGGAGGCGGACGGAUAGCAGUGGGGCCAUUGCACUUGAGGAUCCCGCGGAAGAUCCAAGUGAGGGCAGUGAAUUUCCCCCUUGGGCAUUGGGAUGGACCACUGAGGGCAGUCACUUAACGGCUGAGAUAGACGCGCAUCACAGUCAGCUUGCUUAUCAGACCGUGGAGGCCGGGGCAGGAAUCAGAAUACGAAACGUUCAUCUAGCGUGUCCGUUGGGAGGACACUGCUAUCAAUUCAAUAUGGGGGAAAGUGUCCAACGACGGUCGUCUGGGCCGGCCGGGGCGGGUGGGAAACACGCUUCUUGGAUACUGUUGACGGUUCAAUACACAACAUUUGUGCUCUUGGUACACUACUCUCGAAUGAUGCCACCUACCGGUGGCAAGCGCUAUCUCACAUCCACUGCUGUUUUCUUUAACGAAGUUGUGAAACUCGCCGUUUCCCUGACGCUGGCGCUAUACGAAGUUUCAAAAUCAGCACCUCCGUCCGUGCCCGCCACUUCCCUCCUCUCUACACUCGCAACAGCCGUGUUUUCCGGCGAUAGUUGGAAAUUGGCAAUCCCAGCUUCUCUCUAUACUUUGGCGAACUCGUUGCAAUAUAUUGCGCUCUCGAAUUUGCCGGCAGCGACUUUCCAGGCGUCGUACCAGUUGAAGAUUGUUGUCAGCUCUGUGUUUGGUGUUGCAUUGCUGGGCAGGAGUAUUCCAUUGCGGAAGUGGGCGUUUAUACUCCUGCUUCUAGGAGGCGUUGCUCUCGUUCUUGUCCCCAUUAGCAGCUCGGAGGAGCUUUUGCUUGAGAAUGCGGCGAAGCACUUCGAUUUCCCUCGGUCUUUGGAGGAGUGGAAGUCAGCUAAGCAGGGGCAGAAUUUGCAUAAGCGUUCCGCUACUUAUGAAGGAAUUGAGGAAGAUAUCCUGACCGCGACUCCGUCCAUGGACCGUGUUGUCGGCAUUCUUGCUACGCUUGGGUCUUGUGCAGCUUCUGGCCUCUCCGGGGUAUACUUCGAAAAAGUGGUGCGGGAUAGUGCGCAUUCCACUUCCCUCUGGGUCCGAAACGUGCAGAUUGCGGUCUACUCGGUUUUCCCUGCGCUAUUCAUUGGUGUGAUUUUCUUGGAUGGCGAGAAGAUUGCCAAUGGCGGAGUUUUUGACGGUUAUAACUGGGUGGUUUGGACUACGAUUAUUGUGCAAGCCAUUGGAGGAAUUGUAGCUCCGUUCUUUGCUGGUCCGACAUUUGCAGAUUCUAGGAAUGUUGCGUCGGCUACAACGAUAAUCCUGACGUCGUUGGGUAGCGUUUGGCUUUUCGAAUUUGAGCCAACUAUGACUUAUCUUUUUGGUACCUUUGCGGUCCUGGUGGCUACCUAUCUCUGUGAGCUUCCAAGCUCAGAUGCUAAGCGUCCACCUCCAAUUCGCAUUGGGCGUUACGAAAAAGAAAGCAUCAGCGACGAGACUUCUCCUGCUUCUUCGUCUCCCAAGGAGAUCUCAAUUAAGCUUCCGUCAACGCCCUUUUUGAAUGCGGGCGUCUCAACCUCAAGGCCCACAUCACCCGGCGUUACCAGGUCGGGGGCCUCGCGAUCUGCAAGCGGGGGUUACUUCUAA